GGACAUCUGGUCGCUCGGCGUCACUCUAUACGCCAUGGUGACUGGCCGUGUUCCCUGGACGUCCCCAACAGCUGCAGAGCUGCAGAAGCGAAUCCUUUCAGAGCCUUUGGCGUUCCCUACACGACCCACCCUCUCAAAGCCUCUUAAAAAACUAUUGUCACGCAUGCUUGAUAAGGAUCCCGUUACAAGAGCAACGAUGCAAGAAAUAAAGGACCAUGAGUGGAUAACCUGUGGGGGAAAAGAUCUGCUGCCGUCAGAGCAGGAGAAUUGCAGAUUAGUCGAAGUGACAGAUGAAGACUUAGCACGAGUAGUAACCUCCAUCCCCAACAUCUCCACACUCAUCCUCAUCAAGACCAUGCUCAAGAAACACAGCUUCCAGAACCCAUUUCUACGCAGUCGGGAGAGUAGCUCCCGUCGCGAAUCUAGUGAAACUGGGGAAACGGCCGUUGCUGUGCGAGGGAAACGCACGGUUCUAGCGCGGGCCGGACGCUCGCUCUCAGCUCCUGGAAACUAUCUUACUGACAAGCAAGUUUCAUUCGAUAUCAACUUGGAAGCUGUCGAAGAAACCAAAGAGAAACCAGAAACAAAACAGAGUGUCAGCAAAUCAUCCACAAAGAGCAAGGAAAGCAAAGAAAAUGGUCAAGGGAUUGCACCGCAACGGUGACGCGCCUUAUAAUAAGGCAUUUAAUGUGUGACUUCAUAGUUUUAAGGCUUAUCUCAAAUUUAAUAUUCGUGUCCGCUUUAACCACAAAUUUAUAUAAAUUAGUUUUUAAAUUAUAUUUUCGUUGUGAUAAGUUGGUACAUUUCUUACUUAAAGGAAUCGAAAGAUAAAAGUCAAUUUUAGGAAUUAUUACGGAUAAACUUAACAUAUUUUUUUUCCAUUCAAAUUUAUGAGAAAUAUUAAUCAGUGUUUUUACUUGGUUGUGAAGAUAGCACAUAGAUACAAUAUUUUAUUUUACACAAAAUAUACGCAGCACAAUUUUUACAUAUUUCAUUUAUAUGUUCUGCAUAUACUACAAAGCACUUUUCACAAUGCUUACUUACUAAAGUAAAAAACAUUAUUUAAUAUUAACAAAUCUUUAUAUCUACAACUAUUGUAGGUACAUACUUUAACUUUUCACACCAUAAUAAACACUUUUCGAAGCAAUUAGAAAUCGUUAUUAAUCAAAAGAGGUUUUAUAUAAAACAAAAAUCCGUGUCCUGCUUGCUCAUUAUCAAAAUCUAAUCAUCGGUUUAGAAUUUAGAUGUGAAAGCAAAGGACGGAAACAAAUCCCUUACAUUCUGUAGACUCUCAAAGAGAGUACAAAUAUUAAUUAUUACGUUAUUCAUUAUUUAUAACAAUAUUUUUAAUAUUAUAUUUAAAUAGUUCUGGCAAGGUCUUUUAUAUAUAAUUCAAUGAUUAUUUUUGCUUCGAAUAAUGUUCAAACUUGUGCACUAAAUUAUAAGGCUUAGAACCAUAUUCAGUCGAUAUUUAACACCGCGCUAAGAGUUGAGUCUAUGGGUGAGAUUCAGAAACUAUACUUAACGAACAAUGACUCCCGUAUGUGAAAACCAUUACUUACUUCAAAAUAGGCUUCAUCGGCUUGAAGUCAAAAAUAGGUUGACUUCAUGCCAAGUGACGGAAAACGAUGACUUGAGCUAGACUAAGAUGCGAAUUUAGCGCCACCAAAUGGACAAUCGUGUUAUUAAAAAUACACUUAAUGAAUAAUGUAAUAUUUCACACAUUACACAAAUAAAACCUUAUAAUUUAUAUGUUUAAAAUUUUUCAAAUGAUACCAAAAUCAAUAGAAACCAGAUUUCGCGAAGUUUUGAAAAGACCUAAAAAAAGACUCUCUUGACCAUUUUUUUUUUAAUACAAUUAUGUAAACUUGGCUCGGCCGCGACUCGGCUCGAGCUUCGAUCGUCUUACAAAAAAAACACACACACAGCGUUUGAAGUGUAACUCUCGUAUGUCAAAAACGGAUUGGUCAUAGUUUGUGCUAAAUCUCGUUCCUGAACUUUACCUGUAGGCUAGGAUUCAGAAACACGUAAUAUGUCAAAUGAUCAGAUUCUGACAGAUGACAGUAACGUGACUCAAUCUCUAGCCACAAAUAAAAAAUAAAUCAGUGCAAUUGGACCGUUUUAUCUGAAGUACAUCUGUCGUUUAUUAUCACAGCGUAAACAUAAUUUUGCAGAACGACUUCUUUAGGUAUAGGAGUUCAAUUACACUGAUCAAGUUUUUACAAAUAAGUGCAUAUUUUAUGUACAAUACUAGCCAAAGAAUAUGCACUAAUAUAAAUGAUAAGUUUAUAUUUUUGAAUAGCUCCUAAGGUCUAUAUCGGCUAUAGCUUACUAAAAUCAGUAUCAUGAUAAAAUAGUUUUUGUCAAUCUCCGAGAAUUUUAUAAGCGCCUGCGAAAAUUUUAAUAUCCUUCUAGUGUAAUAUUGCUCAAAUAGUAAUAGUUAUAAUAAUUUAAUCAAGUAUUAUACAAAAUCAGAAAACAUCGAAAACACUGCCCUUAAUUAUUUGGUAAUUUAUCCAAAAUUAUAUAAUGAUAUUUACAAGCUGUAAUAAAAUAUAUA